AUGUCGACUGCAAUGCUUUCUCAACCCACAGUUGUCUCUAUGCCUCCGUCACUCGCCAGCCCUACUUCCCCCACCAAAAAGCGCCGCCGCAGAGCUCCAGCCACUGGUGCUGCAGAGGAUUGCUUCACUUGCAGGGCAAACGGUAUCAAAUGUGAUCGCCGUCGGCCUUACUGCGGCCCAUGCCUCGAAGUUGGGAAUGAUUGCAGAGGUUACAGAACUCAACUCACUUGGGGAGUUGGUGUUGCCAGUCGUGGGAAGCUUCGAGGACUGCAUUUGCCUAUUGUGAACCUUGCUGUUGACAGCAAGAACACUCAAAAGAUUGUCAAGAAGAAGUCUGAGGACAAAUCCACAAAUGGAAGCGGUGCAAAGCCAAAGAAGUCCAAGGCCUCCGAGAGUAACCCACAUGAUUACGAUAGCCAGCGUAAUUCUGGUGUGGGCAAAUUAAGCAUUAUCACCAGUUACGACUUCGUCAAUAUGGAGAUUCCAUCAAGUUCUAGCUCCAGAGCCAGUUCUGCUCUUUCUGCCAGCACUGCUGGGACAAGUCCAGCUCUGUCCGCAAUCUCCCAGUCUAGCAUCCCGUCUCAGAGAUUAAGCCAAGCACGGAAAUCGCCUAAUCCUUCAUCGUACUCCCCAUAUUCUUCAAAUCCUCAGCAGCAGUAUCACUCGCAUAUUUCACCCCAACAGCAGCAGUACCAGGCACCAAUUCAGCACUAUCACAAGUCACCAUAUUCGCAUGUUUCACUUCCUCCACACCAAACAACUCCCUCGCUACUCCUGUCUCCCAUGUCCGAAUAUGAACCUAGUUUCCCCUCUUCACAGCACUACCCCAUGUCUUCUGCACCAGCCACUGCUCCUUUGUAUGACAUGGUCACUGGUGUUUCAAGCUCUACUUACCACCCCACAAGUUCAAUGACUGUCACUUCAUCUAGCGUUUCUUAUGCCUCUAUGACUGCGCCAACCAUGCAAACAUCUUCCCGAAUGAUGGAUGGUGAUCAUAUACAUCAAAAUCAUAACCAACACCCCCAUCACAGCGGAUCGUGGAAUGGAGUCAGCGGGAUGGGCAAUCUUCAUCAACAACAUGUACAAGCGGGAACAGGUAACCUGUCAGACUUGUUGUACGAUGAUGAUAUGCUUGGUACGUUCUAA